AUGCAAGAACUAGGAUUUGGUCUCAGCGUCACAGACAUCAAAGCUAAAUGUUAUGCUUUAGCAGUCCAAGCAGGAAAAGAUCACCAGUUUAACGAUGCUAAACGUAAAGCUGGGCCUUAUUGGUGGUGGUCGUUUAAAGAACGGUACGGGCUUUCAUUGCGCACGCCAGAAAAGCUUGCAGCAUGCCGAGCUGUUACUGCUAACAGACAAAACAUUGACGAUUUUUAUAAAAAGCUACUGGACGUCGUUAUUGAGCUGGAUAUUCUGCAAAAGCCUGAAAGGAUUUAUAACUGCGACGAAACCGGUGUAACGUUCGUCGUAAAACCGUCAAAAAUUGUCACUCAAACUGGAAAGAAAGUAAUUUACAGUAGAACUUUUGCAGAGAAAGGUGUCACACAAACGGUGCUUGGGUGCUGUAGUGCGAGCGGAGCGUCUGUACCCCCCUUGAUCAUUUUUAAAGGUGUCCGAAUGGUCAAUGAUCUAGCGAAUGGUGCUCCGGAAGGGUCUAUCGUGAGAUUAUCCAAAAACGGAUGGAUUAACUCUGAACUAUUUCUGGAGUGGAUGCAUCAUUUUGAAGCUCAUAUUCCACCAGCUAGACCGGUACUUUUAAUCAUGGAUUCUCACUCUACCCAUGUCAGCCAAGAUGUUAUAGAUUUCGCUACAAAAAAUGGCAUUCAUCUAUUCACUUUUCCAAGUCACACAAGCCAUCUCCUGCAACCUCUGGACGUUUCUGUUUACAAGUCACUGAAAAAUGCAUGGGCUAAAGUGCUAAAUAAUUAUAAGCUUCAACAUCCAACGAGUGCUCCAACAAGGCUUGACUUUUGUCGCCUAUUAACACCAGCCUACGAGCAUGCAUUUCAGCCGUCAAUAAUUAUGAACGGCUUUCGAAAAACUGGCAUUGCGCCAUUUGAUCGAAAUGCCAUUUCUGAUGAUAGUAUGCCCCAUCAUUGA